CAACAGUCAUAGUUCAAUUUAUCAUUAAUAUUCAUUCUUUUAUAUUCAUUGGAUAAAAAUGAUCCUAUCAGCACUUCGCAAAACUUAACGGUAGGCCUAACAGCCCAAGGUCAACGACUUUGAGAAUGUUACCACUCUUCAACCAUCAUUCGUCGAAAUUGAAUCACCGACAGCGGAAGUCUCAAACUUUUCACACGUUAAUAAACACUUUAUAUAACGUUCGCUACAGGGGAAAGUUACGAUAAAAUCGGCCUAGUUUAAAGAUCCAACAAAGAAUUGAGAUGACAUAACUUCAGUGAACACUAAUAAAGCAAAUACGGAAGUCUGCAACGUCAUCAAUUAUAAUAACACGUGAUCAAAUGAUCUAACCAAUCAUUAAUUGUAUUAUAGAUGUGGUUUAAAACGUGUAUCAAGUUUUAGUGUUACUGAACUCAGGCAAGUAAUUUGGAAGUUUCAACGCCAAUCGACCGGAAAACUGAAGUUAGCUCAAGUUCAUAAAUACCAUGCAAUUCGGUAGACUCCUCAGUUCAAUUAUAUUUGACUCCGCUAGGCUAUACAACAAACGUGGUUUGACUUUAUGUUUCUCUACCUAGGCUAAGGCAUAUCGCGACGAGUAAAACUUUUUAAACUAAACAUGGCUCAUGCUUCUGUGCCACCGAUGGACAAUGGCCCGCCUGUUGCGGAAAACGAGUUAUCAUCGGUGCCUUCAAUUCCAAAUCCUAAUUCUGGACCAACUCCUUCUAUCCUGCAAAAAGAAAACAUUCAAACAUUUGGUUUUCGAAUGGGUCAGACGGUUAACUCUGGUUUCUUGUUAAUUUCUAUCGCAAUGGGCAGAGAAACAGGGCUGUUUGAUGCCCUUGCUAACUUCACGGAACCUAAAACUUCAACAGAAAUCGCUGAAGUAACGGGCCUGAAAGAAAGAUAUAUUCGUGAAUGGCUCGGAGCAAUGGUAACGGGUCAAAUCGUAGAGGUAGACGAGACCUCUACCCGGUUUUCACUGCCGCCACACCGCGCGGCAUUCCUUCGAACCGGUGGAUUCGGGGAAGAAAUGACACUUCUGGCAGCAGCACUUCCGAUGCAAUGUAAAGUUUUCGAUAAAGUUCUCAAAUGUUUCAAGAAAGAUGGACCACGAGGUGUUCCGUACGAGCAUUACUGUGGGUUUCAGAAAUUUAUGAACGCGUGCUCAAGCGCUUGGUGGAACCGACAUUUAAUUUCCCAGUUCAUUCCAUCGAUACCAGAAGUACAAGAAAUGCUAGAGAAUGGAAUAGACGUUCUCGACCUUGGUUGCGGAAGUGGGGGUGCGUCCAUUCUUCUUGGUGAACGUUUUCCGAACAGUACAUUCAUCGGGAUUGAUAUAAGCACAGACGCCAUCGACACAGCAAAGAAUGUAGUGAAGGAGAAGAAGUUAACCAAUGUAACAUUUGUAACGAUGGAUGCUAUGGAAAUGCCCGAAAAAUGGACUGGCAAGUUCGGCUACGUGUUGGGGUGGGACUCGAUACACGACAUGGCUCAACCUAAAGACGUGCUUGACCUUGUGUACAAAAACCUUAGCAACAACGGACGCAUGACGAUCAUGGAAGUCAAUGCGCACUCAGAUAUUGCGCAGAACAUCAAUAUGCCGUUUGCAUCCACCUUCUAUACCAACAGUAUGAUGCAUUGUAUGACCGUAUCUCUAGCCUUCGAAAAUGGCCAAGGAUUUGGAAAUAUGUACGGCAGACAGAAGCUCAUGGAACUUCUCAAAUCUACAGGUUUCAGAGAUAUUAAAAUGUCCGUACCUAGCAUGUCGUUUAAUUGUCAUUUCUUGUGCAGCAAAUAGUGAAAACCACUAAACAUUCUGUGAAUGCGUCUCACCUUGUUAAAUGUGCCUUAAAAUUUAAUAUACAACUCACGUGACUAAAGUGUCACUAAAUGUAGUUAAUUUUCAUUGAGAAGUGUCGAUGCAUUGUCACUGUCAAAUAUCUAGAAGUAAUGUUAUCAUUCAUUAACGUAGCUUGAUUACUAUUGUAAUGCAUGGUGUUUCGUUGACGAUACUUACCGUAGUCAUCAUAGGACGGAGAGUCAUCAUAGGGCGGACAGCUCUGGAUGUCGACAUACCAUAGGUAAUACGGCCCAGAAAUUAUAUCUGCUCGUUCACAAAAGGCUUAUGUACAUUCUAAAAAGGAGCCAACUUGUAACUUUUUGUUAGUCGACACCCAAUAGAGGCUGCUCGUCAUCAAGAAGAUGAAACUAGAAUAUCGAACGACAUCAUUCGGGUGCAUUAUAGUUUCUCACCAAUAUUUGUAGUUGUUUUGCCCUUUAAAUUGUUUCAUAUUGAAUUCAGAGGUUAUAAGUAGAAAGUUAACGUUAUUAAGGUCCAUGUAACAUAAUAUAUAAUAACUUAUAUUUGUACCGAGAUCGAACACAUGAAGUGUGAUUCGUACUCAAAUUGUAUUGACAUAAAGAGGCUUAAAUUUGACCAUAUAUGGACAAAUUUUCUUCGUUGAACCAGGGACUCGUCCCUGGAUUUGCUACAUGCGAUGGGAUUGGUGUCCCGAAGCUUAUUUGUGAUUGGAUGAGUGAGAUGUGACUGUUGUUGCGAAAAUCUUCACUCACAUGUACAUAGUAGGCCCUAUUUAUAGUAAACAAAAAGUUAAAGUUGCAUUUGUGUUUUUGGUCUAAUAUUUUAGGACUUCACAUUGAUAGUAGAGACCUGUUGAGGAUUUUAAAAAUAUGUUAUAGUUUAUAUUAAUAUUUUGUAGUUUUUUUAUAAGUUAUUUAUGAACGAAAUUGUUACCUCUUUGUCUUUGUUUGAUAGAGUUUUACCAGAAUGUUAGAUUAAACAUUGAGCAAAACUUCUUUGCUCUAUGGAUUAAAGUACCGGUAGUAUGUUGAUCGGCUUUAUUCGCUGAAAUGCUAAACAAUACUAUGUAUUGACAGUGGUAUUAUCUAACAACUCUCAUUCCGACAACUUAUUCAAUGGUCAUUUCUAUCAAAUAUUACUGUAUAUAUAAAUGGUAAAUACUAUAUUGACGGUGGCAUUAUUUAACGACUCUAAGUUAAAUAAUAUAGUAAUUUCUAUUUCUAUCAAAUAGUACUGUAUGUAAAUGGUAAAUACUAUAUUGACGGUGAUUAUCUAACAACUAUUUGAU